CUCUCUCGUUGUCGACGAACCGAAUGCCGAGACCGCAAGCGAUCUUUGUUUCACAUUCGAGAGCAGAGAGAGAGAGAGUGAGAGAAAAGAAAAAACACGGAACUACACAGUACAGUUGUGUUUCUUUGGAGUUUGAUCUAGAAUUUUACCUCACGUUUGACCAAAAUGCCAAAGAGGAAAGCUACAAAGGCCCCUGCUAAUGAUGCGGCUACCAAUGAUGAGGGCGAGACAGCUGCUUCUCCUGCAAAGGCUCAGAAGAAGGUUGCUACCCCCAAACCAGCUGAAAAGAAAGGAAGAGGCAGGCCACCUCUCUCAGCUGAGGAGAAGGCCAAGCGUGCUGAGGCCAAAAAGCAGUCAGCGGGCCGUGGUCGUGGGCGGCCUAAAGGAAGCACAAAGAAAAGCCCUAAAAAAAAGUAGACAUGAAUGCUCUUCAAGAAGGCAGCUUCAGGAAAUCUUUGGUUGAAAUAGACUGAGGGGAGAGCAGUGGGGGAAAGCUGAUAGCGCAUGUUGGGCAGAUGGUCAUUGUCAAGUUCUCCCACAUUGGUCGGAGAGAGUCAGGUCGGAGAAGGAGAAGCUGUGUGCUGAAUGAACGUCUGAGAGAAACUAUAUAUUUUGUUUUGACGUGUUGUCAUAAAUUGUACUCGAUGUCUCUGGGUGUGACAAUGGGUUGUCCUCUCCCCUAGGUUUUUGUUUUUCAAAAUGAAGGAAGGUCUUUUUGAAUGUUGAAGAUCAGCCUGCUGUGUUUUAGGGUGUUUUUGAACUAACCCUUGUGAGUGGUUGCAAUGAAGGUGGAUAUUUUUUCAGUACUUUCUGGACAUUUAUUGUAAUGCGAGUUUCUCUCAGGCAACUUUUUCACCUCUUACCUCAGUAUGUUUCUGAUACGCUGAUAUGUCUGAAGUAGAUAUCAAACGAUGAUGUUUUCAUUUAUAACUCUCUGGAGGUAGAGUACAGUAUUCCUUAUAUCCUUUGGGGGGGCUCCUACUUUAUUUCACUGGAAUUUCUUAUCCUUUACGGCAUUGUUGACCUGAUGUCGAAAUUUUGAAAUAAUUUUUUUUUUGUUACACCAUGCAGUAUUUUUGUAUUCAAAUUUUUAUCUCAGUAUUGUCCCGUACUAGAUCUGGAGUGUUAUUGAAAAAGAUACGGUUGCAGAAAAGUUUAUUUGAUUGAAAAAUGUUUCUGUUUGAGCAACAAUUUCUUAGAGAAUAUACUUUUGUGAUGAGUGUAUUCCUUAAACUAUAACAGUCUGAAGUAAGAAAUGCUUUUAUGAUUAGUUGAUUAGUCAAUGUUGGUUAAUGAACUAGAUAGUAAUGUAAGUAAUAUGAUAAAGUUGUCUACAGUUAUCUGCUUUUACCUACCCUUCAAGUUGAAUGAUUUUUGUUAGUUCUACAAUAAAACAAAGUAUGUUCACAUAUUCUACAUGUUGUUUGGCUGUACAGGUUUCUGGAAAACUAUGUUUUAUAGCAGCUCUGUCCCCUUUUGUGUCAUGGACUGUGUAGAAACCAAAGACUGUUAUGUAGUAGUUGUUUGUAAGCUCUGUAUAUGAGACUAUUUUACAAGAGUAAAAGUGCAAUUUAGUUUCUAUUUCUUAAAUAAAUUUACAAUCUAAUCUAUUAAAGGCAUUGUUUGUUCUGUUUAAAAAAUUGUGUAAAACAGACAGAGCCAUACAAAAAAUCUAUUAUGUAGGCAUAUUUACUGUAGAAAAGUCAAUUUUUUGUUUUGUUUUUAUGUUUAUAACACAGUUGUGAAGUUUUCCUUUUUGUACAAGAUUUUAGUGUUAAUAUUUCUCAUAAAAUUUAGGACUGUCCUGUCAUUAUACUGUUAAGAAUGAGAGGCAUGUAAUGAAAGAAGUGAAAUGAUAAAUGUGAGUUCAAGACUAGAUUUUAGUCUGAAAUGGUUUACACUUUCCUGUUCAACCUGGUCGGAACAUAAUGCAGUGUUAGGAUUGCACCUGGCUGGAAACAGCAGGUAACAAAUUUUCAACCAACUGUUCAGAUGUGUUAAGCCCCAAUUUUUGAAAAAUUUUUUAUUGUAGUUUUUAAAUCUAUGGUAUGUGUUGCAUGUGCACAAGUAUAUUUUGUCAAACUUCAAAUUCUAAAUGUAAAAACAAAAAAAUAAAACAAAAACAUACAUAAAUUAGGUGAUAAAUUUGAUAAAAGAAUAAAUUAAUUUUUUUCCUCCCUCAUAAAAAGCAUUGCUUUCUUGGCUUAGAACAGCUGCAUAGCUUGUCGGCGAAAUGUGAUGCCAGCAUCCAACCAGGCCGGAACUGGUGGGAUGUGACAGCUUCUUUCUCCCACAAUAUUUUCUCAAGAGUAGGCUUAAAUGAGGUAAAGAUUGAUCACUGACGUUUUAGCUGAAGCAUCAUUUUCAUUUCCUGUGAGGAAAUCAUGUAGGUGUGGUUUUGUUACCAGUCACAGUUUCCUGCCAUUUUCCAUUAACUGCAAAAGAAUGUAAACAGCAGAAGCUCGAUAGUUGCUGGAACAAAAAGUUGAGCGAAUAAGCAGCCCCUGCUAAAGAAGAAUGUUUACAGGAAAGGCUUAAACAAGGAGGUGAACUUCUGUGGUUUUUCAGAAGAGUCAUUCUCAAGUUUGAACUUCUAGAAGAUUAGAGAAACGUUCAUCAGUGGGUAAUUUUUGUCUCUGUGAGUUGUGAUGGCGUGUUCUGCCGUUAGAAGUACAGUAUUUCAUGCACAAUUCAUUCAUCUCCAGUAAUUGCCAUCGUUACAUAAAAAUUCUCAUUGUUUUCUUCACCAUGACCUUUCCUCCACUGCUCUGUCUGCGAGUGACCCUGUCAUGCCAAUAUAUUGAUAUUUGUAACGUUUACCAUUGUAAUCCCAUCCUUCGUCAUGUCUUGUUAAUGUUGUUGUUGUCUUUUUUUUUUUUAGGGCACUAGAAUGCCUUUUGAUUUUGAUAUUAUCCAACUCAUUCAUAUCAUUACUGUUCAUUACGAAUAUAAGUUCUCGAAUCUCUUAUUUUGAGUAUUGACCAAGUCAUUUUUGCUGAUCGGAUUUAGUUUUUCUCAGUGCUUCACGUCUUCUGGUUUAUAAAGCAUUGCACAAACAAAUUGAUUUACUUGUUCCGCCAAGCACUAUUUGUACUUUUGUUAUCAGUGUACAUGUAUGAUCCAUUCUCAUCUGAUAGGUUACCUUCUUGUCCCUUGACAAAAGGAGUUCAUGGAGGAAAAGUGCUAUUUCAAACAUGUCUCUCCUGCAUUUUACUUUUGUCACAGAGUAAGCCACUGCCAUAACUUUUGAUGAACGAUUAGUCUUUUUUACUGCAGUUAUAUAUCUUGCUUGGUUGGCGCUGGAUUGUGUCAAUGGGGGUGUAAAAUUUGUCCACACAUUUGUUGAUGCUAGUGAUGUCAUCUGGUUCAGAUUGUUGCUGUAAUAAAUCCAGGAUGUGACUAAAGACUAGUGUAGGUCAUGGUUUACUGCAUUUAUUGAUUUAUUUUCUAAAAUCCUUCUCCUGUUGCGGUUAGAUUCAAAACGUAAUGCUUUAAAGUUCUUUGUAAAGGCUUCAUCAGGCUUUUGAAAUACAUACGCACUUUUGUUGUUAAAGUGUUACUGGGUAGGAGACAUCAGGUUGAAUAUUGAUAUCACUUUGACCGAUGCCAGCAAGACUGUUGUACGUUCCUCUUUGUAGGACAUAAGUUAUGAUAGUCUUAUAGUUCUUGUACAAAAAAGUGGAAUGGUGGUGAACUGAAUGAGUAUACAUUACAGGCUUUAGGGUUAUAUUUCAGAAAAUAAGAAAAAGUAAUUGAUGUCAUUAACGAGACCAUCGGUAAGGAUUUAUGGUUCAAGUUCUUUUGGGUGGUCUUGAACAUAGGUGAGUUUAUGUAUUUUUGCUGUCAUGGUGUUGAGCGUGGGUUUACUGGUUGACACAUCAUUUAAAGCUUUGAAAUAAGUAGAUAGUGAAUGAACUUCCAGAAUAUAUGCAUGGACGUUAUUUGUUUUUCUCUUAUUCUCAUGUGUGCUGUUUCUGAACAAGUCAAAACCUUCUGUUGACAUAGUAUAUGUGUACGAGUUGCGUGUGUUUUUUAGUUCUUGAUGCUAAACAAAAUCAAAGACUGUCACCUGUCAUGCUGUGUCAUUGUGUGUGUAUUCAUUAUGUCCUUUAGUUUUAAAAUCAAAUAAAGAUGUUCAAACGUAGAA